AUGAAUGUUAUCAUUGUAAGAGUCUCUGGGGAAAGACAAAUGCACACUGCCUCUAAAAUGAGUUUCUCUGGGGAGAGAGAGAGGGGAGGGAGGGAGAUGAGGAGCACACUGCUUCUAAAAGGAGGCACUCUGAGGAACUUGACCCUGACAAUGUUGCUAGACUGAAAUUGUGUGGUUCUGUGUGUAUGUACAAGUGUUAUUGUGUGAGUGUUAAGUGUUAUUGCGUAAGUGUUUGUAAUACCAUCACUUCAUCAUCAUUAGAAUAGAUGAGAGAUUGAAGGUCUGCCUCUGUUUUCCAAUCAAGCCCAAUCAAGCAGGAGAGAGCAGAUUCACCUGUUCACAGCUGUGUGUCCAUGAAAAGUGGCAUGUCAAUGGAUCCUCCAUACAACUUUAGACGAGGAGAGGUUUCCACUGAUCAAAGUCUGCGUGAUUUGUACUUUCCUGCCUUCCUAUCUGCAUAGAACAUUGUGAAGUUUACAGAAAAUCAGCUACAGUACAUUUUAUGUGCUUUAGUCACUCUUUCCUUUUGAUAGGGUCCAGCAGGAGAGACCAGACACCCAUGCACUCAGCUGUGUGUCCAUGAAGAUUGACUGGUCAAUGGGACAUCCAAAAGAGUUCAGGAAGGAAUACUCUUCCGUUGGCAAA